UCCUCGCGGGUACCCUUUGUGCUGCUGCUGCUCCAGAACUGCCCUCAGCCAGGCGGCGGCUGCGUCACGGCUCAGGCGCUGCGGCCGCCCAGAGCCACCCGCGGAGGGACAGCUGCCGCCUCGACCCCCGUUCCGCCAUUGCUGCGCGGGCCGCGGCUCAACGGAACGACGCCUCGCCGCCCCCCGAGGAAGGGCCGGGAGCCGCGGCGCCAUUUCCCUGAGGGCUGUGGAAAGGUCUGGUGCAUCCCGAGUUCCUGACAUUUUGCGUUUCUGUGCGUGUGUGUCAGCAGAAAAUCCCUCUAGCCUGGAAGAAUGGUGAAACUGGGGAAUAAUUUCAGCGAGAAGAGCACAAAGCAACCCCUUUUGGAGGAUGGAUUUGACACCAUCCCCCUGAUCACACCCCUGGAUGUCAAUCAGCUCCAGUUCCCGCCUCCUGAUAAGGUUGUGGUCAAAACAAAAACAGAAUAUGAACCUGAUCGCAAGAAGGGCAAGUUCCGUACUCCUAAAAUAGCUGAAUUCACAAUCAGCAUCACUGAAGGGGUUUCAGAAAGAUUUAAGGUGACUGUGCUGGUCCUUUUUGCCCUCGCGUUCUUAACCUGUGUUGUAUUUCUGGUAGUCUACAAGGUUUACAAGUAUGACCAUACCUGUCCAGAAGGAUUUGUUUUCAAGAAUAAUCAAUGCAUUCCAGCUGGGUUGGAAAACUACUACUCUGAACAAGACUCCAGCGCUCGAGGGAAGUUUUACACAGUCAUAAACCACUACAAUCUGGCCAAGCAAACCAUCACACGCUCGGUGUCCCCAUGGAUGACAGUACUGUCAGAAGAGAAACUAUCGGAACAGGAGACUGAAGCCGCAGAGAAAUCGGCUUAGUAUGAUCCGCUAAUUAGUAACACUAUGUCAUUUGAAGGUAACUAAGGGACUUUAAGGAAUUUUUCAUUAAUUAUAACUAUGGAUAAUUUAGAGGUUACUCAUGUUUAUGGUGCAAUUGCUUCUGUUUGCUGAUACUGCUUUGCAAAAAAAAACCCAAAAACUUGCUGCAGAACAUUCAUGGGCGUAAGACAAGGUGCCUAUCAGCAUCGCUUUAGAGCUUUGACACCAUUUUCAAUGUUAACAAACCCCCAAUGUUAGGUAUGUUCUUGCAGUUCAUUGGAUACUGACAGAUUUCGUCACUGGAUUUUUGGGGCUUGGACCUUAGAUAAAUCACGUGUUCUGUUUGCUGAAUUGAUCCUUAUGACUUUUUUUAUUCUCUAUCAUUUUGCAAACUGAAACACCCCAGCCAUAACCAGAGUGAUCUCUUGUUCAGCUCAAAGCUGUAUCUAAUACUUACUUUUGGCUCAAGCAAGAAUGAGAGUCAGCAUUGAUGUCAAGGGCAUAAUGUAAUGACUUGUAUGGAGAAAGAAAGUGUCAGGUAGCAUUUUUCUUACAUUUUUCUCUACUGUUGUUUCUUUGUAAGUGAUGAUGAAGUUUUCCGCAACAAGGCAUGCUCAAUGUUUUAUUAUUGCUGUCAACAGGAUUUAACUGCAUUUCCACUGUGGCUUUAGCAUCUUGGUACGGAUGUGCACUGAAACACAAACUAGGUAGAUGUCAUGGAAAAACACAGACAGUUUUAGUGACGGAUGUUGAGGAUAGUGUAAAAAAAUAGGCAGUUCAGGAUGUCCUAAUGAGAAAUUACAUCUUUUGGUCAUAGUUCAGAGGCAGAAAGCCUAUGCACAGUACAUAUAGUCUGCCAUGUAAUUUGUUGGAUGCAAGUGAGGGAGUAACAUGUCUAAAUUUUCUCUUACUACAUUAACAUUUUCCCUUUUUAUGAAUUGGAAAGAGCUCUCAGUUUAUGCAUGGUGUGCAGUGUGAUACUUUUUAAACCACAAAGCAUCACACAUGAAACCAGCAGACUGGGUACCACAAGUGGAUCUUUUAAAGCUACAUAUAAAACAAAGUGAAGAGUAGAACUUUUCAUGUAUGGGGAAGGGAAAAGACAUAGAAGAACAUAGUAUUGUGGAUGCACGCAGAAGUUCCAUUGUAAUUACAGACUUAUCUAUUCUUUGUGUGAAACCAUGUUUUCAUUUUUAUUAUAAAUAUUAUAUAUGUAUUACAAAAAAAAACCAUUUUAUUAAUUUAAGAGUUAGACAAAAUAAGUGUGUGAAGCAUCUGGGCAAGUCAGUCACCCUUCUGUUCAUGUCAUGUAAAUGGGACAAGGGGUAGGGGAAAUGUCAAAAGUUUCUUUUUGGUAGAGACUACAUCAAAAUGAAGGGAAAACUCUCAGUAUGGGCUGUUUCUCAAGAUCUGGUCAACUCUACUUUGACCUUUCUCCAGUAGAUUUGCUUUGUUAACCACCCUUCUUACCCAUACAGUUAAAAUAACCAUUCUUACUUCAUUCUCUAGGUUUGACAUGAAACAUGCAUUACACAGCAGAUGUGUAAAAGGCUUUUUAUUAAGUCAUAAAAAGCAAUAAAUUAUGUGCCAAAUUUUUCUUUACAUUUAAAAACUUCAGUCUUAUGUUAAGAAAUUCAAAACACACAGUGUCUGCAUUUUGCAACAGGCAGAUGCUGUAUCAAAUGUAUUCAUGGGUAACUUCUGACAUUUUCACUCUGCAGAGUAAGGAAUAAGGAUGCUGCUGCUUGUUGCAUACAACAUCUAGAAACAGACAUUUCAGGAGAGAAAUAGCAAACCAUACAUUUCAUAUCAGUGUAUUUACAGAGGCUAUUGAGAUUUUACAGGAUAGAAAGAUCUGUUUCCCAGCACCCUCCUACAUCAAAGUGAUUAUUGAGACAUCUCCUCCCCCCCUUAAAUUUGGUACAAUAAAAACUUUAAUGCACAAGUAAAUACUGAUGAGAAACAACUUAUUUCUCUCUCAGAUAACAAUAAACAUUAAAAAUGGCUCAGCUUUAGAAUCUAGGACAGAAAGACUGCUUAUGCUGUGUGAAGUCUAACCCAGUUUCCCUUUGAUUUAACAGGAGGGAGUUUAUUGAUUCUUGUCUACAGUUGGUUUUGGAACUUUUUUAAUCUUGGUUAACAAAUUGCUGCCAAUUUUAGUACUUUGAAUUGUUUUGCUUUAAAGUUGGCUCCUUGGGCUUUGUUCCAACACCCCAACACAUCUGUUUCACUGCAGAAUCUGUUUGUGUUGUACUCUUCUCUUUUCACCUAGAAGUAAAGCUCUUUAGUUGACUUCUUAACCAUUAUUAUUACUAUUAAAUCAGCCUGCUCUCUGACUCAAGUAGUUUCAGAGGAUGGGGAGUUGAGGUCAUAACAUGUGCAAAGUGAUCACUAUGUACUGCAGUGGUGUGAUUAAAUAAAAGCCUGAGACAGCGUA